AUGUUUCGGUUGUUCGAAGGAAGGUUGCAAUUUGUGGUUCACGUGAAAUGUGUGUUGGAGUAUGAUUCCUUGUACACCAUAAUUGAUCAAGAAAAUGGAGAUAGGGAUGAUGCUUCGGAUUCUUCUUCCAGCAUCCGUGUUAUCAAGGUGAAUGAGCUUGGCGAAGCUAUGAAGGUACAUCAUUUCGACCAUGAGCACGAUUUGGUUUUAGGAGACAAGAUCAAAGGGGACGAUGAUAGAGCUUGCGACGGGUGCAUGUUGCCUAUCUCGAUCCCGUUUUAUUAUUGUUCGAGGUGCAAUUUCUUCCUUCACAAAACCUGUGCUGAGCUACCCAAAAUCAAACAUCACUGGUUUCAACUACCCGCCAUCACCCUUGAAGCCCGUAAUUGGAGACUGCGUAGCUUGUGUGAUCGCUUGUGCAGUGGUUUGUUUUAUUUUGGUGUUGGAAGCAAUAAGUUUUGCCUAAGGUGUGCCGCAGUUCCUUAUACCAUCAAGAAUGAAGGGCACCAACACGUGCUCUUUCUUGAUCGAAAAUGCGAAGGGAAAUGCAACGGUUGUGGUCACAAUCAUAAGAAUUUUGGAGCAUUCAGAUAUAAGGAGUGCAGUUUUAGUUUAGACUUCGCAUGCAUCACAUUACCGCUUGAAGUUAGACACAAAUGUGAUCGCCACAUACUGAAAUUGAGUUAUGAAGAUGGGGAAGAUGAUCCAGAACAGUUUCGUUGUGAUGUUUGUGAAAAGAAGAGAGAUGCAUACCGUUUGUAUUAUUCUUGUUCAACUUGCGAUAAUUCUGUUCAUUCCAGAUGUGCUCUCGGAGGAUAUCCGUUUCUCAAAGAUGGUACCAUUUUUUCAAAGUUUCACGGCCAGGGUCAUUUCCAUGUCAAUUAUAUAGGCAAGGUUGUUGACGGCUAUUCUUAUUGCUCGAUAUGUGGUAAACCUUGCCAAGAUGAAGUUGUCAAGUGUACCAAAUGUGAUUAUAUCGUUCACGUCGAUUGUAGGGAUUUUUCUGCAAAUUUCUGA